AUGAAACGAAGCAGAUGUGAGAGCUCGACUGCACGCUCAUCAUCAACAGGUGAUAGCUAUGACAGCAGCAGCGAAUCAGAAUCUAGCUAUGACACAUCUGUCUCGGUGGCACAUUCACCAAGCCCUCCUAUACUGCCAAACUCUAGGGCUAUGAAAGAAACUGAUCGUACUACCUCGAUGGCUUUCAAGAAAAGCAGUACAGCGUCUUCUAGUAGUACGCCUGCAAAGCGAUUAAAGGCUUCAAUUCCAGAUAAACAGAAGAAACAUAUAGAAUAUUUAUUUGAUAAAGCACCUCAAUACAACUCUUCAGGCGCACCGAAAGACGUCAAAGAUAGAUAUGUAUCAAAGACUUCCCCGACGAGAGGACGUAUGACAGCUUCACAAAUCAACGAAGGAUCGUCAAAGAAACUCACCUCUAGUGGUCAUACAGUCAUGAAGGAGGUCAUUGAAGUGAUCGAUUCUUCUGCAUCUGAAUUUCACCCGUCAGACGAUGAGGAUAGGACAGAGAGCUCGAGUAGCUCAGAAAGCGAGAAUGAUGCGCAUCAAUCAAAAGAGCAUGUUCAAAAGAGAGUCAAAAUGGACACAAAAGAUGACACGAAAGCAUAUCGAAUGCUGAGCGGCAAAGAGAAGGGAAAGAAGCCAUGCCACAAAAAACAUUCUUCAAAAACCCGUAAAUCUGAUGGAAAAGAAGCAACACGUUAUUCUCGUGAAGAAGAUACAGCAAUCAUUGCUUUUGUUAAAGAGAAAAUCCGAAUCGUUGAUAUGAUGGAGCAUUUACGUGAGACAUUCCCAGAUCAACAACCAAAACGAACUUACUCAAGUGUUAAAAGUCAUCGUAAUUUCCUUUUCAAGGAAUGGAAAGACACGAUAUUGGGAAAAGAUACAUCAAAAGAUUGA